CUGUGGUAGACCUUUUGCCACCCAACGCUAGCGGGACGCUGAUGGGCUUGCAAAAGUCGACAGACAGUCUAGAGAUUCUAGACCCUUUCGAUUUGCCAUCGAGGAUUUGCCAUCAAGCCUUUGCCUCUUGGUCCUGGCAUUUCCCCAAAGGCAUUUUGGCCCAACUGAACCGACUGAUCAGCCUGUCAGCCUGGUGGUACGGAGUACUUCAAGUCCGUCCAAAGUCUGAUUGAUCUAACUACUAUUACUCUAACUACUCUGACCACUCCGUAAUCCUCCUCUCCCCCUUCUUUUCUCGAUCUCUCACCUUCUGCCCGAUCUCUACCUCCCUUCCCCAGCAAAUUGAUCGUGACCUUUGAGUCCCCCCAUCUGCUCCUCCACCAGAUCUGCCGAGGUGAGGUACACCAACCAGGCUUGCCAGGUCCUUCAAGGGGCCCCCACAAUCCCAGCAUACGCGCACGACGCCUGUCGGUCGGCUCGUGCCGCGCCAGUUUGACUUGAGGCCGUGGUUGAGUGAGCCCCGGAGCCGCACGCCCCCUUCAUGAGCCACAUACAUAUAUGUCUUCAUUCCCCCUACCAAUCCGCCCAGCCGCCCCGCCACAGCAGCAGCAGCAGCAGGAUCAGGAACAACAGCCACAGCCCGAGCCCCCACCGCCCGCAGCUGUCGGCUCUGAUCCGCUGCCCUCCAUCGACGAAGAGGGGCCUGCCCCGGUCUCCCCCCGCCCCGCCGCCGUCGAGAGUGUCAUAUCACAAGUCGCAAGAUGGGUCGAUACCACCUCGGGCAUACGGCCCACAGAGAACCACCAGUUCUGGAUCAGUGACUCAAAUAUAGCUGAGAACCUCUUCACCAUCCAUCGGAGCACAAAACACCUGCUGGACUUCACCAGCUCCAUAAUAGGCAAUCAUGAGUCCUUCAUGGGGCAGCGUCCCAUCCCAGUAAUGAGCGACGGCGACAUCCUGUUCAUGACCCAGCUGUCCAGCGACAUCUCCCGCGGCGUCGGCAGCAUCUCCGCCAUCAGGCAUCACGGCCUGCGCGCCGCGAGGAAGCGCAAGACCCGCCCCGACGCCAACCAGCGCGACGACGCCUUCAAGCGCCUGCACUCGGGCUCCAAGUCCCUGCGUCACCACCACUCGCACCAUCACCACGACCAUCACCGCACCCACCCGCACCGCGCGCCGAGCAGCAACAGCGAGGCCGACGCCGCCUUGUCCUGUUGGAAGUGCGGCCGCACCGACACCCCGGAGUGGCGCAAGGGGCCCGACGGUGAGAUCCUGUGUAACGCCUGCGGCCUGGUCUACGCGAAGCAAAAGCGCAAGGGCAAGAGCAAAGCUACCCAUCACUCGCAUCAUUCACACUCCGGGCCAACAUGAGAAGACCAGGCAGGCGUCAGGACGUCGCCAUUGCCAGAAGUCUGCGAGCCAAAAAUCUUGUCACCAUGUUGGCCCUUCGUUUUUUUUUUUUUUUGUUGUUUUUCCCCGAUCCCCACGGCGCGGCAUGUCUCACUUUAUCCACAGCCACAGAGGCUAGGGCGUCAAAGACAGAACGGGCUGGAGACAUUGGUUGUUUUCACAUACAUACAUGAACGUCAUAUUUUUUUCACGUUUUCUUUUCCUCUUUUUCACUCUUGUUCCCGCAUAAACUCAUCACAGAGAGAGGGCCGUGUCGUAACGACCCAUCAAGUACAGUUACAGAAACAGAAACACACGAGACAGAGGCAGGGAGAACCACCCGAAGUAGGGCUCGUACAUAUAACGGAAAGGACAGGCGUUUCUAGGAGUUGAGAAGCUGGCUCGGGGACAAAAGAGCUGCUGUGCUAAUGUGGUCGUGCUUUUGUGCCACGCCGGACAAAUAUCCCCUGAGCCCUCAAAAACCAGAGGUGCUGUUGAAGCUUGUUGCAGUCAUUGUCCAGCGCAGAUUCAAAUGCCAGAUUCUCCGCUGACCACGUAUUGUUACUCGACGCCGGCUCUGAUACUAGCAAGUGCUGUAGCACUACGUCCUUGACGACACACUCUUCAAGUGGGUAAUGUUUGAAUAAAGGAGCGUGUUCGUAUGCCCUCGACUUGUCUUGCUAUUUCUGCUACCAGGGUUAAGCCACCGAUAAACACAUGAAUAUGGGUAGGCCGGC